GCUGACAUCAGCACUGCGCCAAAACGGACAGUUCCAUCCGCUCGCUGCUGCCGAUCUGAGUUUCAGUGAAGGACUGGGCAGAACACGGGAAAAAAAGCACUCUUUGCGCCUUUAAAAGUCAAAAAUAACGUAUAAAUCAGCUAAUUUGUCGUAUUUCUUCGGGGUGUGUCCAUCAGAAACAUCUGCAGUAAGGAAGGUUGAAUGCAAAGAGCAGCACGGGUAAAUUAUUGAUUGGGACGGUCCUGCUAUAAAAGGAGACGCCGCCUGGGUUCUGCUCUUGUCUUCAAACGCCAAGAUGAGCUACGGAUCCGACAUCUACACUGCUUCUUCCUACCGGAAGAUCUUCGGGGACUCCACCCGCUUCUCAGCCUCUCCAUCCCGGCUGGGCAGCUCCCGGAGCGGGUUUAAAUCCCAGUCCGUGACCCGCACCAACACCCCAAGCUCCUACAAGCGCUCCACCCGAUCUGCAUUUCCAUCUUUGUCUCUGGAAAGCUUCGACUUCACCCAGAGCACAGCAGUUAAUAAUGAGUUCAAAAUCAUCCGUACCAACGAGAAGGAGCAGAUGCAAGGGCUCAAUGACCGUUUCGCGAUGUUCAUUGAUAAAGUUCGCAAUUUGGAGCAGCACAACAAAGUGUUGGAAGCCGAACUCGUGACCCUGCGCCAGCGCCAGACAGAACCGUCCCGUUUGGCUGAACUCUACCAGCAGGAGAUCCGGGAACUGCGGUCCCAACUCGAGGAACUCAACGCAGAGAAGAAUCAGAUAAUGUUCGAGCGCGACAACAUUGAGGAUGAGUUUCAGAAACUCCAGGAGAAGUUCGAGGAGGAGAUGAGAAUGCGCGAGGAAGCUGAGCAAACGCUUAGAGCUUUCAAGAAGGACGUGGACAACGCCACCAUGGUGCGCCUAGACCUGGAGAAAAAGGUCGAAUCCCUUCUGGAUGAGAUCAACUUCACGAGAAAGUUGCACGAGGAAGAGGUGGCUGAACUCAUGAGCAUGAUCCAGGCUGCCCAGGUGUCCGUUGAGAUGGAAGUGGCUAAACCCGACCUUACCUCAGCUCUCAAGGAGAUUCGCGGUCAGUACGAGAUGAUUGCGAGUAAGAACUUGCAGUCUGCUGAAGAGUGGUACAAGUCCAAGUUCGCCGAUCUCAGCGAUCAGGCCAACAAGAGCCAGGAGGUCAUUCGCGCCAGUAGGGAAGAGCUCAACGAAUUCAGGAGGCAGCUGCAGUCCAAGACCAUUGAAAUCGAGAGUUUAAAGGGAACCAACGAAUCACUGGAAAGGCAGCUUCAUGAGAUGGAGGAAAGGAACAACGCUGAGAUCAUGGGUUACCAGGAUACAAUUGGGCAGCUGGAGAAUGAGCUGAGGACCACUAAGAACGAGAUGGCCCGUCACCUUAGGGAGUAUCAAGACUUGCUGAAUGUCAAGAUGGCGCUUGACAUAGAAAUUGCUGCUUACAGGAAAUUGUUGGAAGGGGAGGAGACACGUAUUAGCACUGGGAUCAACUACCCCACCCCUAGCUCGAUGUCCAGCUACAGCUACCAGUCCCGUAUGUACAGCAGCUCUAGCGUGAGUGGAAAGAAAGAAAGCAAGGAUGAUGAUGACAAACAUCAGCAGAGCAGCAAAUCCGUCAAAGGCUCCUCCCAGUCUGAAGAGUCCAAGAAGGGUGACAAGAUCGACUCUGGAGACGUGAAUCCCACCAACCAGAAAAACUAAAUGUUUCACCCCUCUUACUUUCAUCCUCUCCUCCCUCUGCCUUCUCCAUUACUCUAUUUCCUUUUCCCAAUUAAAUUCCCUUCCACAAAGGGGGUCUCAGAGAGGAAUUUAAUGUAUUUCAACUUAUUCUCCACUAAUUAACCUCCCACUCAGUCACAGGGCAGCAGUCCUUCUGUAGCAAACCACUAACUACUCAAGACACCCGAGGUGUCACAUUGAUCGAUGCAUAUAUUUCCAGAGUCAUGUCGCCCAUUAACUGCACUAUAAUAAGCUUCUCUCAGCACAUUCGUUAAGGUAAUGUUUAAGUGUUUAGCUUUGGUGAAGGUGGUUUUUCCAAAAGCCAGCACAAAACUUGACUUGCAAUAAUGUUUUCUGUCUUAUAAAGUAAGCUGAAUGCAAUGACAAAGCAAUUAUUGUUGCCAGCCUUUGUAACGUCUGCAUCUGUUUCUUGACUCCAGUUAACCUUUAUGGCAUGCUCAAACAUUCCUGAAAAAAAAACAACUCAGAACUAGAUAUACAUAGUUUCAAAAAAACUAAACUCAGCCAAAUUCCUCUCCAAGACUGCUCUUGAUUCCUUUUUAAGCAUCUUCUUCCAACACCCACCCACUUGCCCUUUAAAAAUGACAAGGAUUUGAGCCUAAUAGCAAGUACUCACUGCAUGAGGUGUGUGUGCAGUUUGCAUGGUGACUGUAUGUAGGUCCAAUAGCAGUUUACCAAUACUUUCAUAGCAGCGUGCCUGCCAUCCCUCUCAGUACUUAAAGGCUGCAUUAAUUCACCAGCCAAUGCAAGACUGGGAAUGAGAAUGUUACACAAUACUGCUGAAGCCUUUCACAUGCUGCUAAAUGCCUGUGAUCAAUACAAAUUUUGACAAAUACUGUAUCAAGCCAGGGCACUUAAAUGUAUGUAAACAGCAUCUCAUCCAUAUCAACUGUCAGAACAAAAGGGAAAGGUUAGAAUGAUUGGGAAAAUAGGGAGAUGUGUAUUUUAAAAAGAAAGUGUGAGUUUGAAUGAGAAACAAGAAAUGGAGUUUUUGAGACAGUUUUAAGUUCAGUGUACCCUGCCGUUUCUGAGUUUGUGUAGAAUUGGUUGUGUUUGGGCAGAUAAAACUGUUAAGAAAACUAGAAGUUACAUAAGAAUAUACAUAAACAUCUCAACAUUCUCCUUGUAUACUUAUGGAUACCCGAAGCACAUUGACAGUGUGGAAACACAGUCACUAACACAACUUAUCACAAUGUGUCUCAAACACCUAAACUUCAUACUUGAAUCCAGUUGUAUACACUCAGUGUACUCUCAUGCAAAGAAGCCACUGUCAUAGUGAACCUCUAUAAACCAUGGGUCAACAAUGAAUCCCUUUGGUAAACAUAAUAUAUUAGAUGUAAAUGCUAGUGAAAUAUCCUCAUAAACGUCUGCUACACUGCCAGAUUUUUAUACCACUUGCCUCUUGCCUCUAUGUCAUGGCUUUAUUAAGCCUGACUUGCUGCACUCUUUCAAAGUAUAGUUUGAACGGAUUGAUAUAGUUGGACUUAGCUUACUUUAAGAACUGUAUUAUAGGAAGCAAGUAAAUGGAUUUCUUUCUCUGUCGGAAUUAAUUUUUCCGAUAAACACUGUGACAUUGGCAUGCUUAGCUGCGAGGGAAUGUCAGGCAAAUCUGGAAAUUUGUCUUUCUAUUCUUACAGAUGCUCCUUAACUAGACUGAUAACGCAAAAAUCUGCAUCCAAUCUGAACGUGAAUUGCUCCAUUACUUUUGGGAGGGUCAAAGGUGAUAGCAGAAAGCGUAGCGACAAUGCAGUUUGAAGAAGGAGAAUUUCAAACUUGCACUGCCAAACUUUUGUAAUGCAUGUGCAAUCAACAUUCCUCCAUAAAGGCAACCCACUUUUACACCAAUACAUAACAAUCCAUCUAAAAUGCUACUGUUUAUGUAUGAAUGCUCUAGGUUAUAAAAAUGCCUUAAGCCACCAGCAGCUUUCUGAAUCUGGCAGAGUGUGCAUUAAUAUUUUCUUUCUGCUAAGAAUGUGACCUUGUUUGCUAUUUAGUGUGUAGGGGCCACUGUGUACUGGAUGACUGAAAACUUUAGGAGCUGAAUGUAGUUGAUGUCUCUAUUUAAUCAUUAUCUACUGCUGUAUGGCACAUGACCAAUAAAGACUUGACAUUAUGAAGCCCA